AAAGGCGUCUCGCGUGCAAUGCUACGCCGCCGGCUAGUUAGAUAAGAGCUAAAAAUGUCGAGGCAAGAUGAAAAUGAAGAGGCGUCUGCCAGCGCGUACGCAGUUCCAAGCGAACACGAUGACGUAGUAACCACGGUGUGCAGGAUCGUGGACGAGGACUUACCACAGCCGAUGAAAGGCAUGAGGAAAGCUAAUAAAGUACCAAACGCAGCGGACCAGUUCUCCGCAAAUCACCAUGGGGAGUACGAGGCCAGGGGGCGCCGGAGCGCCAACAGGAUAGACCGGGUCCAUCGCCACAACCAGGCAUGUCCGAAGUUGUACGACGAGCUAAACAAAAGACCUUCUGCCUCCAGGGUAAUAGCUGUAACUAUGUCAAGAAAAGACGCUCUACAUUUGACUAAAACGGACAAAAGAAUAAAAAUGAGAGACGCUCCUACUCCGAAAUACACACAUCGUCGCAGCGGCCGAAAGAAAGGGAAAGAAAAAUCACAGACCAUCAAGAAUCGUUUAGCGAAACGUAGAAAUCCGAAGCGGAAAGUAUUAUCGUCCCGAUUGUCCAAAAUAUGGAAGUCGAAAGGCUGUCAGUGUCAAAAAAUUGGCGCGGAAAUUUCUGACGAAACAAAAGAUGAUGUUGUCGUUUGGAAAAGGAAGCCUUAUAAACAGCCAAGCCGUUCCUCUCAGCAGAGUUUUGUAUCGGAAAGACAUCCCGGAACAACAGAACCGUCAUUGAGCAGCUACCAUAGUUUUUCGUCUAUGGAACACGAACCUAUGGUAUCGUAG